AGGCCAAAGCCCAGCCCGAGCGAGCCAGCCUACGCACAAGCACACGCACUCCUUCUUCCUCACGGCCUCAAAACGGGUGAUGCUAGGGUUUCGCCCAGCCCCAGCCUCGGCCGCCGCUCGACCUCGGCGACCGCCGCUCCUUGGCUCCCCGGCCGCCGCUAGACCUCCACGGCCGUGCCUUGACCUCCUUGGCUCCUCUGCCGCCACUCGACCUCCUUAGCUCCUCGGCCGCCGCUCGACCUCCACGGUCGUGCUUCGCCAACACUUGCUUCCCUGUAUCCCGCCCUUCAUUGAUAUGGACUCAUGCUCCUCAGCCCUCAUGGUGUUGUGCUACGCGCGUGCUCUGCAGCCCCUCCUCCACGGUCUCGUACAGGAAGGACCAGGGCGAGUCGUGGUUACUAACGUGUGUGGGUGCGGAUGUGGGAACACACCUAUCAUAUGCCCUAGCGGUGUAGGCCUGAACACAUGUCAUAUGUUGGAGUAGAUGCAAGUAUAUGAAUGAUGAAUGGGUGCUGCCUUAAAUCAUCAGCACAUUAGUGGUGCCCGAUCAAAGUCAAACGCUCGCCCUGGACAGCCUGUUCGCCAAAGUUGUUACGCCGAGCUGUAGCUGCUGGGCGCCCAUCUAGGCGCUCUGCUAGGUGUGGCGUCACUCCUGUUCCCGGCAACAGGUUGUUAUGUUAUGUCUUUACAAGUGUAAGUUUGUCGUGGUGGGCGCACGUCAGAUGCCAAGGGAUGGAUAAAGGGAGGAGGAGGCUCGAGGGCACGGGUGGGCUCCAGAGGCAAGGUCGGCAUGAGUGAGCGAGGGACGCAAGACAUACCCAGGUUUGGGGCUCUCCGGAGAGAUAAUAUCCAUAGUCCUGCCUAGUGUGGUUUAUAUGGUACGGUACAGAGUCGCUCCUAGAGCUGUUUGGAGGAAGAAGGAAGACAGGCCAAGGCUCAGGUUGUUCCCUCUCCUGGUGUGUGUGUGUGUGUGUGUGUGUGUGUGUGUUCUACUGAUGAUCUUAUCGCCCCGUGCAUGGAGGCCUCCUAGGGGUUUUAUUGGUCAACCCCCCAGGGUUACAAUGGUAAAGAUACAAGGCUGCGGGGCCGGGAUGUCAGCGUCCGGUAAGCCAGUGCUGGGGCCUGCCGGGUGCCAGGGCUCGUGGGGUUCUUCGGGCGCGGGCCCCGUGCGCCGCGAGGCACUUUUCUCCGUCUUGUCGAUUGUCACGGAGCGGCCGGUUCGACUCGGCUACAAUGGCGCACCGCCUGGUCGUCGUCGGCCUGCGUCAGCAGUGAUGAUGGGCGCACUAUAGCCAUGCCAGCCUCGGUCAGCGGAGUGGAUGGGCCGCUGUUGCCAUGCCUCUGCUGGUCAGAGGAGUUGGUGGGGCACUGUGGCCACGCUCAACCCCUCUGCGGGGACUUUUCCCAUUGCACGCCUUGGAUGCGACGGGAGCUUACCCGUGGCGGGGUUGAGGGUGGCGCCACGUGAGAGCUGGCUUGCUGGGGAAGUCUUGGCUCUGUCGGGUCGAAGGACUUGGCCUAGUUUAGGGACUUGGCAGGGUUGACGAACCCAGCCAAGUGCGCGCCGGAUUGAGGGGCGAUGCUGGCCCUGAUAUUUUUUGAAAAGGACCCGGGUUCCAUUGCUUGCCCAGGGUUCAUCCCCCCGACAGUAGUCAUCGAAGUUGUGAAGGCUCGCCGGCUUCAAGCAGGGGGGGCCUUCGUAGUUUCCCCUCUGAUAAGGUGGUUGUCGAUGAAGCCUGUCACCGCCGGGUCCGGCAACACCUGUGUGCCGGCUUCUGGAAGCCUGAUCGCAGCAUCCCGGCACGGGCAGGAAACCGAGGAGUCUGCCAAAUCUUGGGCAUGAUCUCUCGGGUUCGGCGCGGGCGCCACGUGGCGCUCGGGAGCUGAAGGGGCCUGACAGGCCACGCGCAUGACGGGACAAGGCGACGAUCUGUGGCCCGGCACUUCGUGUCCUCAGUCCAUGCACGUGGAUUUAUUGCGGCGUCCGCGGGUCGGUUGCCAUUCUCGAGACAGUUACUGUGUGUGGUCCAUCUUCUUCCUUCUCUCUUGUUGUUGCAACUAUCGUGCACCGCGCCAUUCUUUCUUCUUGGGCGAGACUUUGCCGCCAAUCUUUCUCCUCGGCUUCUUUCUUGUGCCCAGCAUCGUAGAUGGUGCUGCCGUCGGGCUCGUGGAUGGGUUCCACCGUCAGCCAGGUGGACAUACAGUACAUGCGCAACACGCGGCGGCUGCCGCCGGAGACGACGGUGGCCAUGCACUUGCCGGGGGGCGAGCAGGAGCCGUGCCUAGAGGAGACCAAGCACGUGGCUUUCUUCACGCACUUCAAACACGGGUUUGGCCUCCCCGCGAGUGACUUCUUCGGCGCGUUCCUAGAGUUCUUCGAGCUCUAGCUGCACCAUCUGGGCGCGAACGCCAUCUUGCAGCUCUAUGGGUUCGUCACCCGGUGCGAGGGGUACCUGGGCGUCGAGCCCACCAUCGACCUCUUGGUGCGCCUCUUCUUUCUGAAGCAGCAGGGGCCAGGGCCCGGAGCCAUGUCCACCUGCAGGGCUGCCGUCAUCAUGACGCGGUCGCGUGGGGUGCCCCAAGAUGCUGUUGGAGGAUUCUGCCAAGAAGUGGCAGAACUCCUUUUUCUACGUCAGCAACCUUGGCGCGGAUCACAUCAACAUGCCGCCCUUCGUCGAUGUGACGCCGCAGAGGAGGACCAUCUGUUCCUACUUCCCCAAGAAUCCAUUGCAGGAUGUGCUCAACCUAUGCGCCUGGGUCGCGGAGAUGAAGGCGCGGGAGGGGCUCACCAGCACCGACCUCAUUGCCGCCUUCAUCAUGCGCCGGGUGCUGUUGCUGCAGCGCCGCACCCACAUCAUCAGCGACAUGAACGGUCUUCAAGACCCCAACAGGAUGUCGCCCCGGCGCCUCCUGGUGGAGCAGAUUGCCAGUCAGGUCAAUGACAUCUCGAAGGCCGGGCUGAAGGAGGAGUGGUGGUUCGGGAAGCCCCCCUAUAGCCACGGGAACCCGACACCGACGGUGAGUCCUUGGUCCUUGUUCUUUGCUUCUGCUCAUCUUCUUAUCCGUCCCGAAGCGACAAAGGAGGUACUGCUGAACACCAUCCGGCAUCCAUAUGAUCGAGUGAUGACGCACGUGGUGCAAGUCGGCUCGGAGGAUGCGGCGGUGCUGCUCGAGGAGUCGGAGGCGGCCGACGCCGACGCUGGCACGAUGUCCCAGGCAGGUAAGUUUCCGCGUCUUGAUUUCUUGUGAUGCCUGCCGAAAGGUGCAUGGUGAUGCUGACAAAACUGGCGACGCAGUGGCGCCGAGGGGAGAGGGCGGCGACGCGGCCGGGUUGUCUAGUCGGCCGGAUGUGAAGGGGGACGUGGCGCUUCGGAAGCAGGCCGUGAAGCAUGCGGCAGACCAGGCGGCUGGCGCCAAGCCGACCACCAAGAAGCAGUGCCGCUUCAUGCCAGGGGCGCCGGCGAGACCGACUGUUCCAUGGUGGUGUGGAUCAUAAAAUCAGCUUCCUUUUUCCUUAUUCACUUAUUUCAUCGUGCUUUAGGUCGCUGAUGGCGCUGGCGCUGGCGACGAUGGAGGUCGCGUCCGCGGGCAGCGCCGUGUUUCGGAGGACCCGAUCGAGCACCAUCGACCGGGAUGAGGAGAUUGUCAAUCCGAACCUUGGCCUGGACCCGGCCGACACUGAGGCCCUGGCCUGGAAGGACCAAAAUAGGGCCGAGGUGGCGAUGGCGGCGGGGCCUGCUACGUCUUGAGCUUGUGUUGGUUUUCCUUGAAGAGGAAAGGGUGAUGCAGCACAGUAGCGUAAGUAUUUCCCUCAGUUUUUGAGAACCAAUGUAUCAAUCCAGUAGGAGGCUCCUUAGAAGUCCCAUGCACCUACACAAACAAACAAGAACCUCGCAACCAACGCAAUAAAGGGGUUGUCAAUCC